AUGCCCCAAAGCAUUGAACUACCCCGAAUACGAACUUCUUUCUCUAAUCAGUCUCUGUUCCUCACCGAAGACAGGCUCUCCCCAGUACCUCACGACAUUAGCGGAUUGUUCGCCCAAACCGAAAGCUAUGAUCAAUCAGAACUCGAAAAUAUACAUCCACUUUGGAAACGGGACCUCUAUGCCCUCUUGGAACAGGCAAAUUCCUCUGUUGGCGCCUUCCUCGUCCAUUUCCUCAUGACCUUUUUUAUUUUGGUCUCCGCCGUCGUAACGGUGCUGGAAACGGUACCCGCGUUCCAUUCUAUCAAUCCUCAGAUUUGGUUCGGAAUGGAGACUACCUUGGUGGCGCUCUUUACAGUAGAGUAUUUAGCGCGAUGUACAGCUUGGAGUUCUUCGUGGUCAAGUCUAUUGAAAUGGAUGAUAUCAUUCUACGGGGUCAUAGACCUGCUUUCGGUGCUUCCUUACUACAUAGAAGUUAUCAUGCAACAAGAUACGGCUGUAUUCUUUCGGUUCUCCAUCUUACGAAUGUUCAGAUUGAUUCGGGUAUUCCGACCUUUUAGAUACAACCAUACGAUCCUUUUAACCAUCGAAGUCAUGUAUCUCUCAGUGCGAAGAUCACGCCACGCUCUAUUAGCAAUAUCAUUCUUUGUCGUCAUGGUUUUGACGAUAUCCAGUACUCUUUUAUACUUCGCUGAAAGAGGGACUUGGGAUACCACGUUGGAAACUUUUAUAAACUCAGAUGGUGAUCCCACCCAGUUUGCAUCCAUUCCUGCUGCAGCCUGGUUUGUGCUAGUCACUAUCACAACCGUCGGUUAUGGCGAAAUUACACCGCGUUCGUUCCUUGGCCGACUAGUCACUGUUCCUCUUCUGGUAUUUGGUCUUCUCCUCAUCGCCCUCCCAAGUUUCGUUCUUGGUCGGGAAUUUAGUAUCGUAUGGGAAAAGAUGACAACCCAGCAGCAACUACAACAACAAGACGAUGACCGCGAUCUAGAUUCUCCGGUAGAACUUCGCAGCGCUCCUCCAGUUCGUUCAGAUCGCGAAAUCUCUACCCGGAAACUGGCUCUGAAUCAAGCGGAACUGAGUAGACAGAUUUUGGAUUUACGCAGUACUGUCGAGGUUCAAGGUGAAAUGAUACAGAAACUUUUAAACAUUCUAGAAGCGAAGUCGAAGGGAAAGCAAAGGGCAACAUGA